UUGACCUGUUUAGGCUGAGUUGCUAUGUAGUGAGUGAGUGACAACACCUGCAUACCUGGUUUGCCUGUCUUCAUUUUCUAAGUGACUGUCUUUUAUAUAAGAAGAAGAAAUGGCAGAUUUUCCUGGGAAGGUUAACACUCAUACAAGCUUACCUGAACCUCAAAGAAGUUUCGGAAUCCCGUUUUAUAUUGAUGUGAACUUCAUCAAGAGCAUUCCUGGUAUUUUACUUCUGCUGGAGAUCGUUUGUGGAUUACUGGUGUGGGCACUGAUUGCCAGUACCCAUUACACUGAGUUUCCUGCCUAUGGCUGGGUGAUGUUUGUCAGUGUGACACUGUGGCUUCUAAGCAUCGUCUUGUUCGUUAUACUCUUCCUGGGUUUGGAUGAGAAGCUGCCCUCAGUGCCCUGGCCUUUCGUUCUAUUGGUGUUCUAUGCAGCUGCAACUGUUUUGUACCUCACAGCCUUUUUGACUGAUGCAGCAUCAGUCCCUUUCCCUUGGUAUGAUCAACAUAAUAAUCUAGGAGCUUCUGCAUUUUUUGCUAUAGUUGUGACCCUAUUAUAUGCAGCUAGCAGCUUCUUUGCUUAUUUGGGCUGGAGGGGGGAUGGAGAAAAUGCUGCGGGGACAACAGUUCCCGUGUAGACCUUCUUCUAGUCAAAACACUCUCAUUGUGGAUGUACACUUUUCCUGUGUGAAGGGACAUUACUCCUCUUCAGAGAUGUCAGGAAACACUGCUAUAUUGAAAAUAGUGACAUAACUAGUUUCAGUUAUGUCCAGCAUAAAAUGCUAGAUGGUUUGUGGUGUGAACGUUGUGUGUACAAAAACCCAAACCCCCACAUAUAGAAUGAACUAUUUUUUGUAUAUACAAAAUGCCAUGUAAAAAAGUAUUGAAGUGACAAAGUUACUUACAUUAUUUGAUAAUCGUUUUAAGCAAUUAUGUCUUUUUGAUAAAAUGUAAUUAAAGAA